CGGAAAUGUAACCAGAAACAGCUGGAUUACAUCUUAGUUACUCUAAAAUCAGCCAUGUACUGUUUGUGUAACCCUAAAAUACACCAUUUAUUCAGGCUGUGGAUGGUCGGCGUGUCUCUUUUCAUAAACCAAGGAUUCGCCGGUAAAAUGAAGAUAGUCGAGGAGCCAAACACAUUUGGGAUGAACAAUCCAUUUCUUGCUCAGGGAAGCAGACUGCAACCUAGAGUGACCCCAUUUCCAGUGUCUGGCCCUGCACAUCUUCAUCGGCUUGCUGGAAAAUGCUUCAGUUUAACAGAGUCAAUGUACAAAUAUGAAUUCUGUCCAUUUCAUAACAUCACCCAACAUGAGCAGUCAUUUAGAUGGAAUGCCUACAGUGGUAUACUGGGGAUCUGGCAGGAGUGGGAAAUAGCAAACAACACUUUCACAGGCAUGUGGAUGAGGGAUGGGGAUGCUUGUGGAACCAGAAACAGGGAAACAAAGGUGAUUUUUGCAUGCAGUGCAAGCAGCAAGCUUGCUCAAGUCUCAGAGCCCAGUACUUGUGUGUACUCGCUAACCUUUGAGACCCCGCUUGUUUGCCAUCCACAUUCUCUUUUAGUGUACCCGACACUGAGUGAGAAUCUGCAGAGCGAAUGGGAUGAAGCUGAGCAGGCUCGCUAUGAAGGACUUCUUACUGAGCAGGGAUACAACAAUCUUUUGAGGGAUAUUUUUGAGGAUGCUGGUCUCCUGAAGAGCCAAAAAGUGAAGAUAAAGCUGCCAGAAGCUGCAGCUGAUACAGAAACGCACAAUUCUUUACAGAAAUGUACAGAGGAUUUCCAAAAACAGAGAGAAGAGAUUGAGAGACUGCGAGCUCUUCUCACUCAACACAAUAUUCCUUUUGAUUCUAAGCGAAAUGAAGCAAAAAGCACAGUGACUGUGACAGUUAAGGAUCAACACCUGAGGGGAGACAACGGCCUUUUUGAUCAGCAGUGAAAAUCUCAGACUCACCCUCACCAUUUAUGUGGAUCUGAAGAUUUUGUUGGUCAGUGUGAGCGACACAGACACUUGCUGGACAGGCUUUCCAUCACUGCCAACGGCACUAAAGGUCAAUUCUGAACUCAAUGGUGGAUUACAAACUUUUGUGGACCUUUUUUUUGAAGAAGAGUUCGGACACUCUGCAGGACAUUGGUCAGAAAGGAUCAUCUUGUUAUUGAAUCAGAUUAUGUAAAUAAGCAACAUAUUGAGAGAUAAAAAUAUGGCUUUUUGAGAACAUGGAAAAUUCUGAGAGGGUAGAAAAAGUUUGUGUUCAUGUUCCAACAUCUGAGUCUUCAGCAAGUUUAAAGACUUUUUACAAGAGAAAAUUGAGUCCCUAUAAACAGGAACAGGUGAAGACUCAAACCAUGUUUUUACCACUAUCACUUUUUGUAGUGGAUGCCUCGUACCAGGUAGGAGGCACUAUCAGAAAACAUCUACAAAGGGUACAACAUCUAGAAGGGUAUAACUGGAUUUAAAAAAUGGAGAGGAUAUAAGGAACUAUUAAAUAACUGGUAUUUUUCAGACCAAAUGCAAUGUAAAAUAUAUUAACAUAGGCUUAAGUGUGUGGCAUGAUACAAUGAGAGUAACUUUUAACUUUUUAAAAUGUAUUUGGGUCUGUUUUUCUAAAUCCAGGAAGUGAUGUCACCAGCCUUCACCUACAUAUAGAGACUCAGUUUCCUUCCUGAAAAUUUUGUAAACUGAGUUAAGGGUCAAAAUAUGUGCCUUUGUAGUGCAGGGGUCCUACAUUCUACCCGAUCCUGCAGCCUGCACUGGCAGCUGCUCUUGUACCUACUCUCCAUCUGUUUUUCGCACAGAGGAGGUUAGAAUAAGUAGAUAAACACAGAUCUCAAACACACAGGUACGGAAGAUGAACUACUGGGCUGAAAGUCACUGUGACAAGUUAGUCGUAUAACCAAAACAUGUUCAUCAUGUUUAUGUCUUGAGUGGAUGAGAAAAUUUAUUCUCAUGAGUGACUUCACAGAAUAUGAGCUUGGACAUGUGCAAACAUGUCACGUCUACAAACAUUCCUGACACUUUUAACUCCAGCAGUCCCUCGGUUUUCCUUAUCAUCUUUGGGGAUUUACAUGUCCUCGUCUAUCCAUAACGGUGAAAACUGCGGUCUGUCCUCUGAAUUCUUUAUAUUCUGAGUAUGAAAAAAAUAAAAGUAGUGAAAAAAGCUACUGUCCCAUAUGGUGCUAAUGUAUGCUAACUUGUAAUAAAAAAACUACAUGUAAGAUAAAAUUUUACAAAAUGGUUUUGAUGACUGAUUACUACCCGGCAACAACACAAUCAUGUCAAGAAACGGACAAGAACAAGUAAUGUAGACGCGUUACAUUUUUUAAAAAAUGGAAGCAAUACUGGCAAUUUAAUAUAAGUCAUCCUUUUCCAAAAAAAACCCAAAACAUAUAUAAUAAGUUUUAGUCCCCACUUGAGACCAGGGCAAUGAUCCAGUCCACCGAUCAACAAACACGUCCCAGUCUCUCUCUGUUGGACCUUAUGUCUGUCUUUGAUGAUAGGGAUGGCUUCAGGAGAGCAGCUGGAUAACUUCUCUGGCUCUGUGCGCCCUCUGCUGGACAGCGCUGUCCUCUGGUGCUUGUCCUGACUCUUCAACCAGGGCCAGGGCCUUCUGCGCGGUGGUGUCUCUGGCUCCUCCUCGAAGCCCCUCCAGGUACUGCAGCAGCACGGAGAACUUCUCAUCUG